UUUUUCCAUCCAUCAAUUCUUUUUUUAUAAAUUUUUGCGACGCGUUGUCAUGUCCGGACUUAAUUUAACUGUAAAGGUUCAUCCUGUAGUACUUUUCCAAGUUGUGGAUGCCUAUGAGCGCCGUAAUGCCGAUUCUCAUCGUGUUAUUGGUACUUUAUUAGGCACCGUGGAUAAAGGUGUUGUUGAGGUUACUAAUUGUUUCUGUGUGCCUCAUAAAGAACAUGAUGAUCAAGUGGAAGCUGAAUUAAGUUAUGCCUUGGAUUUGUACGAUUUAAAUCGUAAAGUUAAUCCAAAUGAAAAUGUUGUAGGUUGGUGGGCUACAGGGAACGAGGUAACCAAUCAUAGUUCUGUUAUUCAUGAAUAUUAUGCACGUGAAUGCAAUAAUCCGGUGCAUUUAACAGUGGAUACUUCUUUGCAAAGUGGUCGUAUGGGCCUGAGAGCUUACGUUUGCAUUCAAUUGGGUGUGCCAGGCGGUAAAACUGGUUGUAUGUUUACCCCUAUACCAGUAGAAAUGACAUGUUAUGAGCCUGAAACAGUGGGCUUGAAAUUGUUGCAAAAAACUAUAUCAACUUCCCCGCAUCGUCAGAAAACUAUUUCACCUAUGUUGGAUUUAGCACAAAUUUCCGAGGCGGCCGGUAAAUUGCAAAAUCUUUUGGAACUGAUAUUAAAGUAUGUAGAAAAUGUUAUUGGCCACAAGCAGCCACCCGAUAAUGCAGUUGGACGUCAAUUAUUGGACCUCAUACAUUCGGUGCCGCAUAUGAGCCAUGAGCAAUUUACGCAAAUGUUCAACGCCAAUGUCAGAGAUCUUCUAAUGGUUAUCACUUUAUCUAAUUUAAUUAAAACGCAAUUACAAUUGAACGAAAAAUUAACAUUUUUACCGACUAAUUGAGAAUAGAGAACGUGAGCGGAGAAAAGAAGUGUAUUUUGAAGCGACAACAUUUUUGAAUAAGUCCGGAUAGUAGUUGAGCGUUAUAUUUAAGUGGAGAUUUGGUAUUUCAUAUGAGUGAAACAAUAAAUAUAACAUUUUUUAUACCUUUCCGAAGGUCAAAAAACAUAA